AUGGAAGAUAGUGAAUUACAAUAAACGAUAGCAGGAUAAAGAAAAAAUUCACAUAUUGAUGAAAUAUAGCAGACUCGAACAACAGUAAAAAAUUGAUAUAGGGCUAGUGGCAAAGAUUAAAUAAACAUGUUCUUUGUUUGAUUUUAUUUUUAAAUAUAGUUGGAAUAGUCCUAUUGAUCGUGGGGUAUUAUGAUGAAAUGAUAAUUGAGUAGAGGGUGUUUGUAUUCGUAGGGGAUAUAAGGAGUCAUUGCAAUGUUCGUAUUGGGGGGGAUAUGUCUUCUCCCCGGUAUCUAUGCUAUGCAUCAUAUCAUAAAGGCUUGCAGAGCCAAAAACAUAGACGAACGAGAUCGAGCUUUGGAGGAUGUUCCAGAAUGAUAUAUAUUCAAUUAAAAUCCAAUAUUACUUUUAAUAUUUAUAACUUAUGUUCAUCUUGACUGUGCUAGAGGGAAUGAUCUUACUGUUUUAUGUAGGGUACUUGGUUCGAGAGUACUCGCAAUAGCAAGUGCCUUUCUAUGUAAAAUUAUUAACAUACAUCUCAUGGAUCCUUUCUUUUGGGAUUGUGUUCAUCAUCCCCCACGAUAUCUACUAUACUAUGAAUGAUUAUGGCGAUGGCUAUGAUUAUACGGUGCUAUUAUGGAAAUGGAUAUAUUGGGGCAAUUUCAUAUUGUGUUGGUGAGAAUGAUUCAUUUAUUCGUUUUAGGCUAAUAUUACCAAUUUGUUAGGAAUAUGAAGAUGCCGGAGAAUUCAGUUGCAAAGACAAAUUGAUAAGAUCUAUUAAGAACAAUUUAAUUAUCUAUGCUUAUUUUUUAUUGUUUGGUUUAAUCUUUAUUGCCUACUUGGCCAUAUUCAACAAACUGGACUUUGACUCAAUUUUAAAAGUCUUGGUUGCUUUAGCUUAUGCUUUGUAUAUAUUCAUUUUAUACUAAGUGGCAUCCUCCUAGUCGUUAUACUACUGGGACAUGGUUUAGUAGCUAUCCCAAGGGAAUAUUGGAGGAAAGCACAAUAUCAAAAAUGCUUAAAGGCCCUCUAUUUGGAAGCUGCCCAAAUUAAUCAUGCUAUCUAAGAACUAUAUAUGUAGUUAUUCAAUAUGACUAUUGAAUUGAUACAAAAUAAACAAAGCAAUCCUAACCAACAAUGUCUGGACUAUAUAUUGAAUGAAGUAAAUAAAUUUGUAUUAUUCAAGAUUCCAUAUGAAAUAAUUGAAGACGCUUCUCAUAAGAUCUUGGACAUCAGUGAAGUUAAAUAAUUAUCAUCCUUUUGUGAGAUUAAUAGGAAAGCCAAAAAGAAGGCUGCUGAAUACAAGAGAGCUUAAACUAAAUGGGAACAUAUUUGCACUGAAUGUUUUCUCUUAGAAGAUAUGAUUGAUAAUGAAUUCAGUGUGCACUACAAAAUUAGGUCAACUCUUCGAUAUCCAAAAUCUGGGCAAUUUGGACACUACAUCGAUAUAUUAUAGUGGUUAUGGUACACAAAGAUAAAGAAGGCCUAUCUAUUAUCUUUGUGUGUGAUUUUCUCAAUAUUAUCUAGCAUAGUAAUAUUGUCAGAGAUAUCAUGCUUUACUGAAUUUGACUUCAACAUUUUGAGUAGAAUUAUCAAUAUCAAUGGAUUCAUGCAUACGUAAAUAUCAAUCUUAAUACCUUUGAUGUACAUAUCUUUUUGUGCUUUUUAUGGACUAUUUCACAUUAAUUUUGCUGGAAUGUAUGGGUUUUAUAAUCACUAAUAAACUGAUGCUCCGAGCUUGAUGUUUGGUUCAAUGUAAUUAUUAUGUUAUUAAUUUUACUAGUAAUUUUUCAAGAGUAUCUUUUCCGUUGACUUUUAAUUUCCUACAGAUGAUACACAUUCAAGGCACUCCUUUUGAAGAUGUGGUUGGCAAUAUGGAUACUAGUUCGGUAUUGGGGAUGUCAUUCUCUUAUUCUUUGCCUAUUCUGUUGAUUAUGGUUUCGAUUUUCAAUUUCUUUGAAGUCUACGAUAAAAUCCUUUAAGUGGUAGGAUUACCUUAAUUCAAAUUCUCGUAAGCUUAGUUUAACAGUGAAGAGGGAGAGCGCUUGAUUUGCAAGGCGAGAGUAAAGAGAGAGAGGGAUAUAUUGAAUAAAGUUGGCAUAAAAUUUUUGGAUUAAUGUGAAAUGCGGGAAUUGGAUAGCAGAAUGAUUUAAUUUGUAUGA